UCUUGAUUUACAGGGGCCUAAGAUAUCCAUUACUCUCGCUCCGCUAACCUGCGUUUCUCGAAUAGGGGCUUCGGCAGCCCUCGCUUCUGUUUGCACACGUAAAUAUCGUGAAAUACUUCUCAAAACGCAGCAGACCCGUGUCCCUGCAAGGGCGAGCUGCAGGUUCAAGCCCGGGGAUGUGACGGCUGUGUGAUGUUGUUUUUUUUUUACCUCCACGGUCUAUCCGAAUCGUGACUGUGUUGCAAGAUAGCAUCCGUGCUCGGCCACACAGGCGGUUAAUUCUUCAUCCUUUUCCACCGGGAUCGCGGUUUUAAAGUCGUGCUUAGGGCUGCAGUAUAAUAUCUCUUUCAUCUUCAAGAUAAUGAUAUAGCUGGAACCAUGGGGAAGUCAUUCUCGCACUUGAAUAAAGAUGACUGCAGUGAUAGCCUUGCGUCUACACCCGAAGCUACAGACAAGAAAGGGCUGAUUCAUUCGGAAUCGCAGGGCGAAGAGGGAAAAAACGGGGAUGUGUCUCAGUUUCCGUACGUGGAAUUCACGGGAAGGGACAGUGUCACGUGCCCCACGUGUCAGGGCACGGGGAGAAUCCCGAGAGGCCAGGAGAAUCAGCUGGUCGCAUUGAUUCCAUACAGUGACCAAAGACUGAGACCCAGAAGGACAAAGCUGUACGUUACAGCUUCCGUAGUAGUUUGCCUGCUGCUUUCUGGGCUGGCUGUGUUCUUCCUGUUUCCACGUUCCAUUGAUGUGUCCUAUGUAGGUGUGAAAUCGGUCUUCGUCACUUACGACAAAACAAACUGUAUCGUGUAUCUCAAUAUUACGAACACUCUGAAUAUUACCAAUAACAACUAUUAUUCUGUGGAUGUGGCAAACAUCAGUGCACAAGUUCAGUUCUCCAAAACUGUGAUAGGAAAGUCUAGGAUGAGCAAUAUCACUUCUAUUGGACCUCUCGACAUGAAGCAGAUUGACUACAUGGUUCCUACAGAAAUAUCAGAAGAGAUGAGUUACAUGUAUAAUUAUUGCACAUUGGAGGCUAUAAAGGUCCACAAUAUUGUUGUAAUGAUGCAAGUGACAGUCACAACAACUUACUUUGGGCACGCCGAGCAGGUGUCUCAGGAGAGAUACCAGUAUGUGGAUUGUGGAGGGAACACCACUUACCUGCACGGCUCCAAGGUUUCAAACGUUCUCACCCCCCCGGAGUAGAACGUUGUCCCAGAGGUUCCUUUGAACGGAUUGGGAUAAUAAAGGAGAUUUCUGCAAGGUCCCGCAGAGCUGUUCCUGAUUGGUUGUACUUGAAGAUAGUUUAGUCGGCCUCACUGUGUUCUUUGCUUAGUUUUACAGAAAAAAAUAUUUAAAACAUUUGUUUUAAUGUUUUACAGUUCUGUGUUUUAGAUGGUCUUCUAAGAUGCCACUGUGCAGUGACACUAUCGAAAUUACCAUGGAAGGGGGUAAUGAAAUAUUUUUUUUUAAAUACUACUUUCUUUAGGAUAAGGUUAUAUCAAUAACUCUUGUAAGCUGUUUACAAGAAAGAAAGCAAAGCACUUUAUCAAAGUAAUAAUUGACCAGCAUAUUUUAUAUGCAGGAAAUAUAUGCUUAAUGUAUAGCAGACAAAUAAUUAAGGACACAGAAAAAUAGGGAUUCCUUGUUACUCAGACCACUCUUGUUAACUGACCACUUUUAAACUACUUUUGUACAGAAUAUUUUAUUUCGGUUGUUUCCUCAGCUGUCUGCUGUCAUGUUCUGAAUACAGGGACAUUGUCACAUCACCCAAAUUAAUUUUUAAAUAGGGAAUCAUAAGCCUGUUGUGGUUUUGCAUUAAUUGUUUCCUCUUGUAUUUAAGCUCACUUUAGUGGGCUGGUGUGAGGAGGUGUGGGUGACUGAGACUACUGGAUGCUUUCUUUGGAUUUGUACCUUGCUGGGAAUGACCUAGUUCAGCCUGUGUCAAUGCAAGGAUUUUCUCUCCUUGUGCACUCAGGACUCCUGUAAUGUGACCGAGCAGGCUUAGGUAAUAUUGGUGCAUUUUUGCUCUGGAAGAAUUAAUGUCCCCUUCACGUUGACCAUAUUCGAUCUGCAUUGUGAAUGACAAAAGGACAUGAAUUAUCCAGUACUAAAAUAAACAUGGAAAGCAUCUUUGGAACGAAGUUGAGUUUGUUCCUCAUUGUGUCCACAUCUUUUAUAACUUAUAUAUGUUGUUCCAUUCAAACAUGAAUCCCUAAGUUUACCCUGAAGCAUCGGUCCAUAGGCUUUUAAGGGGUCACAUUUGUUUGAGCUGUGGUCCAAUCACAUAAAAGGUACAAGUCCUGAUAGAGCAGCCUGACUGUGCAUGUGCUGCUGUAGAGUUUAAAGAGGUUGUUUUUUCCUCAUCUUAAAAUAAUAUGCAUUAAUUUAUCAUCCGACAUACGUACAUCUAACACACUCCAAUUUAAAGGCAUUUUCAUAGUGUGCGCAAGAGCUAUGGGUGGUGUAAUGUGCUCACCAUCUGAGGUGUUUUUUUGUCUUUUUUUAAGAAAUACUCAAAAUGUAAUUAGAAAUGUGUAAUUAACAAUUUGCUGUUUAAAGGGAGCUUUGAAAUAACUUACAUGCAUACCAGCUUUAGUAGUAUAUGGUGAAUAAAUAUAGGUGAGCUGUGCAUUAUAGUUUGUAUUUCCCAGAAGUUAAAUUCUGCUUUUUAUGUAUUCUUUAUAUACCACUUGUCAGGACUUGUUAGUGUGUUUUAAUAAAGUUUACAAGAACAUGAAAAUAAGCUGGAGGUUUUUAGUCUAGUGUGUUUUCACCGGUUUAGCUGCUACCAAAAAAUACAGUUGUUACCUACCCCUGGAGAUGGCAUUAGUGCAUAGCCAGAUAUUGAUAAAUGCGGAUGGCAGCAAGGAUGCAGGAUAUUAUCAGCUUGGGCUGUAAGGAAAUGUUACUAAAUCAAACUUUCAGAUGGGUUUACAGCAUCCCAGUGAAUGUCCUGCAUCGUAAGUGGGAUGCGUCUAGUUUACCUCCCCUUUUACAGAAUGUACUCUGCGUUUCCAUUCCUUGACUGUCACGUUCAAGCAGACAAGAUUUUGUAACAAGCCCUUAGAGUGUUCCUUUAAUGUGCUUCUUGUGUACACCAAAAAACGGUCCAAUCUGAAACUGUUCACUGCUCGCAUCUUCAUUUCUGUAUACUAACCUAUUAAUAGAGCUGCCCCAUCCUUGCAACUAUACAUCUGUAUAUACAUCUGUAUUGGUACUGUAUUUCGGUGUCAUUGUUAAACUUUUCAUUUCAUCACUUCACAUAGAUGGAAUAAAUAGGCCCCUCGAGUUAAACUAAAUUCUCCAAUUAUGAAAAGGUAAUUCUGUAAUUUACCAGGUAAAUGUUAAGACCAGGUUAUCAGUAUUUUCUUUUUGCGCUGUUAAUACAGCAAUUUUGUAUUUCAGUUUGUUUUUAUUGACAGAUUUAUUUAGUGUAAAUGAUUUAGCUUCAAUAAGUACUGAAAAUGGUAUUCAUUUCAGAACCAUUCCAGCAGUUUAUGCAGAAUCCAGAGUUCUCUUGUUUUCCUUUUAGUAUAUUUUGAAAUGAUGGGAGGGGAGAGCAAAGAUGUGCUAUAGAUUUUCUUUUCUGAUUGGUUCACUUUAGUAUUUCACAAUGAAAGCACUAAUGCCCUGAACUCACUCAAGCCAUAUGUGAUGUGUCUAUGGUUUCAGUUCCCCAAUCAUACUGGGGUUCUAACAUUUUCAAGCAAUUUUGCAUAAGUGAUUUGAAUGUUGGAAAGUUAAGCAUUUGAUCUGUGACUUAUGAACCCUUUAGUCACUGAUAUGUUAUAAAUGUGCCAAAAUAUUAAAAGUAUGAAAUCUAGAGUUAUAAUCAGAAUACAGCUCCUUAAAUAAAGAGCCAAUACAAUUACAAUCAAAUGUGACAUUAUAUCAAAGUUAAAACAGCUAAUCAGUAGUGGUUGGGAUAACUACACCUUUCAAUAUUACAUUUGUUUUAGAAAUAAAUCUGCCUAAAGGAAUCUAAAUAGAUUUUUCAUUGUUCAUGAGCAAACCUCCUGUGGGGAAAAUACUAUUUUUGUCUAUUUUCUACUAAAAUUGCCAGGCUGUAAAUGUAACCCGAGUCAAGACUGUAACUUGUAAAUUAACCUAGUGGAUUCAUUGUUUCUUCCCAGCAUGAAAAAAUAAUAAAUAAUGAAUACAA